AUGACUACCCUUAAUGUUGGAAGUUCAAUAAACAUUAAGAGGAGCAAUGGAGUGGUGCAGGGUGCAGUAGUAUCAGAAAUAGAUUAUGAUUCAAAUUGUGCCAAGGUAGAGUGGUUCGAAAAUGGAGAAACCAAAGGCAAGGAGGUCCACUUUUCUAAUAUCACUUCGCUUAACCCUGAUAUACAAAUAGUAAAAGCUGUUAAAAGAGAUAACUAUAGUGCUGAUUGCUUUCAAAAAGUGGAUGACAAUAUGGUUAAUAAAAAUAAAAGAAGACUUUCUUCAGCUGGUAAGGACUACCGCAUUCAUUCUGCCAAACCUAGGCUUACACAAGAUAAUGUUACUAAUGAUCAACUCUCUGUAAUGAGUGACAUGGGGGCUGAAUCAAGAAAAAGUGCUAAUGCUAAGACAACACGUUCUGCUGUGGAAAGGGUUGGUAAAAUUAAAGAAACAUCAACUAUAAAGAAACUCAAUAAACUUGAAAGAGAUAGAAUUGAAAGAAGAAAAAAACAUGCUGAAGUGAAAGCAGAAAAAGAAGAAUUUCUCAAAAAGAAUCAGGGCAAUCCACACUGGGAACUAUUAAACAUGAUAACUAAUUAUCAAAAUAGGAUAGAAUUUAGGCCUUUAUCAAGCAAGGAUAGAAUUGAAGAUCAUUUAAUAACAGUAGCUGUUAGGAAGAGACCUUUAAAUAAUGCUGAUAUGCUUAAAAAAGAAAUUGAUAUCGUAACAAUUCCUAGUAAAAAUCAAAUAAUACUUCAUGAGCCAAAAUUCAAGGUAGAUCUCACUAAAUAUCUUGAAAAUCACAUUUUUACUUUUGAUUAUACAUUUAAUGAAGAAUGUAAUAAUGAAAUUGUUUAUAAAUACACUGCUCAACCAUUAUUAAAAACAAUUUUUGAAGGAGGCUUUGCUACUUGUUUUGCUUAUGGCCAGACUGGUUCUGGUAAAACUUUCACCAUGAGUGGUAAUUUUAAUGAUCCUAAAGAUAAAGGAAUUUAUGCACUGACAGCUGCAGAUAUUUUCAAUGAAGUUAAUUCUCCAAAUUAUCGUCGAUUAGAUUUAGCAGUAUCCUGCAGCUUUUUUGAAAUAUAUGUUAAAAAAGUAUCUGAUUUGUUGAAUAACAAAAAAUCUUUAAAAAUUCUAGAAGAUGGAAAACAACAAGUACAGAUAGUUGGUUUAACAGAACGAGCAGUAUCUUCUGUUAAUGAAGUCUUACAGUUAAUAAAAAUGGGCAGUGAAGAGAGAGCUUCAGGACAAACAUCAGCAAAUUCCAAUUCUUCAAGAUCACAUGCUGUAUUCCAAAUAUACUUAAGAAGUAACAAUAAUUUAAAAAAAGUUCAUGGAAAAUUUUCUCUCAUUGAUUUGGCUGGUAAUGAAAGAGGAGCUGACACUUUUUCUUCAUCGAAAAUAACCAGAAUUGAAGGAUCAGAAAUUAACCAAUCUCUACUAUCGCUCAAAGAAUGCAUAAGAGCAUUGGGAAGAAAAGGGGCUCACUUGCCUUUUAGAGGCUCCAAACUGACGCAGGUACUUAGAGAUUCCUUCAUAGGAACCAAUGCAAAGACUUGCAUGAUUGCCAUGCUCUCUCCAGGUGUAAGUUCUUGUGAAAAUACUCUUAAUACUUUAAGAUAUGCUGAUAGGGUGAAAGAAUUAGGAGGAGGAGAUACAGCAUUCAAUAAAUCUUCAGAAAAUGAUAUGGUUGAAAAUUCUCCAAGUUACUACAGCUUGCAGAAUUCUAUAUUACAAAACCAGGAAAAUAUGAAACUAGAGAUGUCACCUCCUGAACCUACACCAGUGCCAAAACCUCAAACAACUACAUUAAAAUCUAGAGUGGAAUUCAAGAUAAUUAAUCAACACAAAGAAGUGAUCAAGAAACUACACAGAACUGCUCAGGAAGCUGAACAAUUGUUGACUACAACUAAAAAUGAUGCUGAUAAAUAUUCUGCAGAAUGGAAUGUACUUGUUGACGAUGCCGUUGAUUGCUUAAUGAGAGCAAAGAUGUGA